AACCUUAAAAAAUGUUCAGGGGAUUUGUUUCCUUUUUGAUCGGCCUUUAUGCUGGAAUUUAUCUAAGCCAAAAUUAUGAUGUCCCAAAGGUUGAUGAUCCAACAGCUCUAUAUGAUAAAAUAAAGGAAUUUGCAGACAGCCAUAGGAAAAAAUAAUCUAAGAUUAAUUACAUGUUUUUAUUAAUUUUAAGAACUACACCUAUUAU